GCGGAGGCUCGGGCUCCCCAUAUUUAGCUGUUCGGUGGCGGAGCGCUGACAAACCGGGCUGGAGCGGCGGAAAACAGCGGCGGGUUCACGAGCUAACACCCUGACAGGGCGGAGGAGAGCACGGACAGCGGGGGAAGCCGCAGCCGGAGCGAUAAAACCGGACAGUUUUCGCAGGAACGUCGCUUUUAGACGGAUGGGAAUUCGGGCUAGCGGGCUAGUUAGCUGGAGUUAGCUAGCAUGGCAACCAGCGAGCGCUAGCCGUGCUGUUAUCCACCGACCAGCUGACAAGUUUCACUCCGAAUAUAACGACCAUGAACGCGACGCGGAGCCGUUUAACCUCAGUACUGAGCUAGCGUUUACCGUUUAACUCCAGCCUCAGACUAACUUCAGAGCUAGAUAACCUAUAUAACUAACUAACUGAGAGUUAACAUAGCUAGCCAGCCAGCGUUAGCACCUUAUUUAGUCUGAAUUUUAAUAAAACGGUUUGUUUAAGUCAGUGUGAACGCGAGGACACGUCGUACAAAUCGGAUUUUCACCUUUUAAACGGAUAAAACUCCCUUCUCGUCCCCCCAGAAGGGGACAGGAGAGUACGUUAACGCUAUUCUCACCACAGAGAGGACGUAAGAAACCUACACAACUUGCCUGACCUGCUUGAGAUUGGAUUUAAAUUAAAUCGGUUUGUUUCGGUCCAGAGUUUUCACACCUCGGUCCAAAGAGUUCAUUUUUUAGGAGCCGGGACAGUCGGAACCGGACAGAGACCCCCAUGAAUGGAAAUCGGAACUACAGGAGCCGUUGGGGCACAGUCCCUGUUCUCCAUGCCCCGGAGGCCCGGCUAUGGCACCAUGGGGAAGCCCAUCAAGCUGCUGGCCAACUGCUUCCAGGUGGAGAUCCCCAAGAUGGAUGUCUACCUCUAUGAGGUCGACAUUAAACCUGAGAAGUGCCCACGCAGAGUCAACAGGGAGGUGGUGGACUCCAUGGUGCAGCACUUUAAGGUGACCAUCUUCGGGGACCGCCGGCCAGUCUACGAUGGAAAGAAAAGCCUCUACACAGCCAACCCACUACCUGUAGCACCUGCAGGGGUGGACCUGGACGUCACGCUGCCAGGAGAGGGUGGUAAAGACCGGCCGUUUAAAGUCACCAUCAAGUUCGUGUCUCUGGUGAGCUGGCACCUGCUGCACGAAGUGCUGACCGGACGCAGCAUGCCCGAACCACUGGAGCUGGACAAGCCCAUCAGCACCAACCCUGUGCACGCUGUGGACGUGGUGCUGAGACACCUGCCCUCUAUGAAGUACACUCCAGUGGGCCGGUCCUUCUUUUCAGCUCCAGAAGGUUAUGAUCAUCCUCUGGGAGGAGGCAGGGAGGUGUGGUUCGGAUUCCAUCAGUCUGUGCGACCUGCCAUGUGGAAGAUGAUGCUCAACAUUGAUGUGUCUGCCACGGCCUUCUACAAAGCACAGCCAGUCAUUCAGUUCAUGUGUGAAGUCCUGGACAUCCACAACAUCGACGAGCAGCCCCGCCCCCUCACAGAUUCACACCGAGUCAAGUUCACCAAAGAAAUCAAAGGUCUUAAGGUGGAGGUGACACACUGUGGAACGAUGCGGAGAAAGUACCGAGUCUGUAACGUGACCCGCCGGCCUGCCAGCCACCAAACGUUCCCCUUGCAGUUGGAGAACGGUCAGACAGUGGAGCGAACUGUAGCUCAGUAUUUCAGAGAGAAGUACAACCUGCAGCUGAAAUACCCUCAUCUACCCUGCCUGCAGGUGGGCCAGGAGCAGAAGCACACCUACCUGCCCCUGGAGGUGUGUAAUAUCGUAGCUGGGCAGAGGUGCAUCAAGAAGCUGACAGAUAAUCAGACGUCCACCAUGAUCAAAGCCACGGCGCGGUCAGCACCAGACAGACAGGAGGAGAUCAGCAGACUGGUGCGAAGUGCUAACUACGAGGCCGACCCCUUCGUGCAGGAGUUCCAGUUCAGAGUGCGGGACGAGAUGGCCCACGUGACUGGGCGAGUGUUGCCGGCACCCAUGCUGCAGUACGGGGGCAGGGUGAGCUCAGAGCACUAUCUGAACCGCACCGUGGCUACUCCCAGUCACGGAGUGUGGGACAUGAGGGGGAAGCAGUUCCACACGGGUGUGGAGAUCAAAAUGUGGGCUAUCGCCUGCUUCGCCACUCAGAGACAGUGUCGCGAGGAGAUACUCAAGGGGUUCACAGAUCAGCUGCGUAAGAUCUCUAAGGAUGCUGGGAUGCCUAUUCAGGGGCAGCCGUGUUUCUGUAAGUACGCACAGGGAGCGGACAGCGUGGAGCCCAUGUUCAGACACCUGAAGAACACCUACGCGGGUCUGCAGCUCAUCAUCGUCAUCCUGCCCGGAAAAACACCCGUAUAUGCGGAGGUGAAGCGUGUUGGAGACACUCUUCUGGGCAUGGCCACUCAGUGUGUUCAGGUGAAGAACGUGGUGAAAACGUCUCCACAGACGCUCUCCAACCUCUGCCUCAAAAUCAACGUCAAACUUGGUGGCAUCAACAACAUCCUGGUACCCCAUCAACGGCCGUCAGUGUUCCAGCAGCCGGUGAUCUUCCUGGGGGCCGACGUUACGCACCCCCCUGCAGGAGAUGGAAAGAAGCCCUCAAUCGCUGCGGUGGUAGGCAGUAUGGAUGCCCACCCCAGUCGGUACUGUGCCACGGUGCGGGUGCAGAGACCCCGGCAGGAGGUGAUUCAGGAUUUGGCCUCCAUGGUGCGGGAGCUCCUCAUCCAGUUCUACAAAUCCACCCGCUACAAACCCACCAGGAUCAUCUUCUACAGGGACGGGGUGUCCGAGGGCCAGUUCAGACAGGUGCUGUAUUACGAGCUGUUGGCUAUCCGGGAGGCAUGCAUCAGCCUGGAGAAGGAGUAUCAGCCCGGCAUCACCUACAUCGUGGUGCAGAAACGCCACCACACCCGCCUCUUCUGCGCCGACCGCAACGAGAGAGUGGGCCGCAGUGGUAACAUUCCUGCUGGUACGACAGUGGACACAGACAUCACACACCCUUACGAGUUCGACUUUUACCUCUGCAGUCAUGCUGGAAUACAGGGCACGAGUCGCCCCUCCCACUAUCACGUGCUUUGGGACGACAACUGUUUCACGGCAGAUGAAUUCCAGCUGCUCACCUACCAGCUGUGCCACACCUACGUGCGCUGCACCCGCUCCGUCUCCAUCCCCGCUCCCGCCUACUACGCCCACCUGGUGGCCUUCCGCGCCCGCUACCACCUGGUGGACAAAGAGCACGACAGUGCGGAGGGCAGCCACGUAUCGGGUCAGAGUAACGGCCGGGACCCCCAGGCUCUGGCCAAAGCUGUGCAGAUUCAUCACGACACCCUGAGGACCAUGUACUUCGCCUGAGAGAGCCCCAACUACUACAACACUCACUCUCACACACACACACUUACACACCUCACACCACCUCACACGUGUGUCCCAGAGGGUCUAUUUCCACGGCCGUGAGAGCGCCCACUGAAUCCGGACCGGACACUGUGCGGCAGGAAGGAGGGGGUGCCAACCCCAAAACUGGCCUGAGAACGCACACCUGCUUUAAACCCACACCUGAAAACUCAGCACUAUUAUGCAAUAUUGAACCAGCCAAUCGUUUUGCUUUGGGUUUUUAUUGUUUGUUUUUUUAUUUAAUUUUUUUUUUUUGUUCAUUUUUGAUCCCCACCCGUCUGUCUGUUGAUCAUUUUACCUCAAGCUUGUAACAGCAGCACUUUCUACCCCUCAUAAAGCCGCCCCAGGUCUCGUAGACGCUGGUUCUGCGAGUCAGUGAAGGGAUUAACGGUUAGCUAACGGUUAGUUUAACGGUUAUUUAACAGUUUGUCGUCUGCUAGAUUGAAAAUAGGCCCUUAUAUUUUUAAUUCUACAUCCGUAUCUGACAUCCGACGGUGUAGCCAAAGUCCCUUUCUUUUCUUUUCUUUUUUUAUUCUAUUCUACUCUCUUAAUCUUCUAUUAAUUUUAUUAUCUCUUAAUUUCCUCCCGACUUUUGUAGCCAAUCGUGACUUAAGACGUGUAUGAGUGUCAAUUGUGAUGAACCAGUUGUGCGUUAUAAAUAUAUAAAAACGAACACACACACACACACACACACAAACACACUCAUAUAUUCUUACACAACACAAAAACUCAACAAACACACACACACACACAUGCACACACAAAUACACAAGCUGUAGUGAAGUGCCACCUACAGGCGAUAGGGCCACAUAAUCCCGAAGAAAAAAAAUAUUUCAAAAACUGCCUAAAGGGGAGUUAAUUUUUAAUUUCAUUCUAUUCUAUUUUACUUCACUUCAAUUUUAAACGAAUCGUAUUGUUACAGCCUCUCCCCGAGCUUCGUGCCGAGUAAUAUCAGUAAUUUAGCGUGGUCCAGAAACACUGUCUGUGAGCUCUCAUGUACUGCAAUGCAAAAAUCCGCGAUUCGUGUUUUAAUAUAUUUCGAUUUCUUGUA